AAAAAGCUACCAAUAUUGAAAUAACAAGGAUCUUUCGUACCACAAUGAGUUUGGUCUACAAAAACGGAGAAUAUAACUAAAUGUAGCUGAACAUGCAACCAUCUGUCUGUAAUGGUAGUGAAAAGACUACUUCAUGGGGUGAAAAUAAUGGUUUUCAAUCAGUAGUAAACAUGGAAUCGAAUCAAAUAACAAAUUUAAAGUUUGAAGAUUUGAAGUAUUUUGUAAUUCAAGGAAGAGCCGGAAAAAAGUUUAUUCUCAAAGGAAUAUCUGGAGAAUUUAAAUCUGGGGAACUGAGCGCAAUUAUGGGACCUAGUGGGGCUGGCAAAAGUUCUCUCAUGAAUAUUCUAGCGGGAUACUGCACGCAAAAUGUUAUUGGUGAUGUUUCCAUUGGCUCUUCAUUAAGGAACUUGCAGCAAUUUCGGAAAAUAUCGUGCUACAUAAUGCAAGAUGAUUUGUUGCUACCUCACCUGUCUGUUGAUGAAGCAAUGAUGUGUAGUGCCAACCUGAAAUUGAGCGAAAAAACGAACUAUGCGUCUAAAAGAAAAAUUGUUGAUAAUAUUAUAAACCUUCUUGGUCUAAGAGAAGCCUUACAUACUCGAACUUCGCAACUGUCUGGUGGUCAAAAGAAACGACUGGCUAUUGCUCAAGAGUUAGUAAACAACCCCCCAAUAAUGUUUUUUGAUGAGCCCACAAGUGGUUUGGAUAGUGCUUCAUGUUUUCAUUGCAUCUCAUUGUUACGUCGUUUGGCACGUGGUGGUCGAACAAUAAUUUGUACAAUACAUCAACCAAGUGCAAAAAUAUUUGAACUAUUUGACCAUUUAUACUUCUUAACUGAUGGUCAUUGUAUUUAUAGAGGACCUGUUUCAUGUUUAGUCCCUUACCUCGCAUCACAAGAUUUAAUCUGCCCAUCUUAUCAUAAUCCUGCUGAUUAUUUUAUGGAAGUGGCUUGUGGUGAAUAUGGUGAUCAUUAUAUGCGAUUAGCGAUGGCUGCGCGUCGUCAAACACUAGAUGAAAUUGUAGAUUAUUUAAAAAAGAAAAAAGUAUUUCUUAACUCAACAAUUAUUCAAACAAAUGAUUGUCCAAUAGAUAAUAUUCAAAUAGUUUCUGACACUAUACCUUCCAGAGAUCAUGGUUCAUCGUCAUCACCAUCGCCGUCAUUUUGUUCACCUAUUAUUAAACAUGAUGAUAAAAAGAAAAAAGCUAAACAAAUUGUAAAAAGUCAAGAAUCACCAUCACAUAUUGAAAUGUCUGUACUUCUACCUCAUCCUAAUGGUCCUAUACAUACCAUAGAUCAAGGUCUAGUCAAUUCAGAUUGUAUAAAAUACGAUGAUCCUAGUCGAGAGUUUGCUGCAAAUCAGUUAACCCAAUUUCGGGUUCUACUGGUGAGAAAUAUACUUUCCAUUAUGCGUGAUUCAACAUUGACACAUCUGCGUUUGGUUUCACAUAUUGUUGUUGGAAUAUUAAUCGGUGUUUUAUAUUUUCGCGUCGGUAAUUUGGGUUAUGAAGUGAUAAGUAAUGCAGCAUUCGUCUUCUUUACUUUGCUAUUCCUUAUGUUUGCUUCAUUAAUGCCAACUGUGAUGACAUGUAAGUAUAAGUGAUUAUUUCUGAUCUCUGGCAAUGUUCUGUUAUGAUAAACUAAAACCAAAUAUUUAUUGGUACACAGGUUUGUGGAUAUUAUUGAAUGCUAUUGAUUUUACGACAUCAUCUAAGUUAGCCAACCACUAGAAACCAGGAAAUACUGUACAGUUGUUUCGUCCUAUUAUGGGAUACCUCAAGAGUGUGCAUCCACGAUACAACCAGGGAUCAAAAUCAGAAUAUUUGAUCUUGUGUGUGGGCGCUUAACCUCUUAGUCAUAAUUAUUUGUGAAUUCUUGUUCCAUUGUUAUUAAAGCAAAUGAACUUCAUAGUAACUGCUAAUAAACUUUACCUUGUAUUCAUAUUGCAAUAUUUUCCCUAUUUCUGGUAAUAGCUGAUGGUAAGGGCCAUUAUUUGACUUUGAACUCUACUGUUUUUUACAAAAUGUUUGAUAUUAACUCUGUUAAUCUUAUCAGAAACACAUGCAAAACAGAACUAUUCUCAAGUAGAUAUUAUACAAAGCUACUAAAGAUUUUGUUUUAGUAGAAAUUUUCCUAUUAUAACUCACUUGCUGUUAGAGUCUUCAAGCAAAUCAUCAAUCAUGUGAAAUUAUGUAUACUCGGCGAUAACUUAUUUUUUCAGAACAGGAGAUGAAAAGUUAUUGCCUAAAUAUUCUCAUAAUAACUUUACUUGCAUAAAACUAGGAAAGCCAGGAUAAAGGAAUAUUAACCUUUCCAUUAAAAUUCAAAUAAUAUGCUUCAUUGUCUUAGUCGUAUAUAAGAUGUUUUUACUCAUCAUACCAGCAAAAAAUUGUCAGGAACACAUACUUUACCAGACAUAAGUAAAUUUGGUUGAAGUUAGACAUUAACACCAUCGGAUGUCGGCUCAGUGGUCUAUCGCUUAAGUGCUCUGGUGCGAGACUGGUAGUUCCUGGGUUCGAAUCUCGCGAGGCGAAAUCGUGGAUGCGCACUGUUGAAAAGUCCUACAAUAGGACGAAACGGCCGUCCAGUGCUUCCAGGUUUUCCAUGGCGGUAUAGCUUCAAUCAACUCAUGAUCUCAACCAUGAAAAUAAGUAAAUUUAUUUGCUGAACUUAUAACAUACUACAUGCUUUUAAAUUCAGGUACCUCACAAGUAAUCAUACUUAUAUUAAACUUCACAGUGUUUUGUUGAACUAGAAAAGAUUAUUCAAAUAUUCCAUCAGAAUCGAAUGCUUUUAGGAAUCAUUUGUUUGAUAAAGUUAAACAACCUGUAGAAUCCAGCUUAUCUGUUUAAGGAGAAUAAAGUUUGGAUAAGACGAUAAAGGAUUAUUAGGACAUCAAAAAUAUUUAACAAAAUUUAUCAGAAAGUAAUUUGAAGCUAAACAAACACGAAAAACAUAAUUUAAACUAAUGAAUACAAAUAUAUUUGAUAAAAUCUAAAUUAGGCUACAGGAAAUUAUUUAUUUUUCAAUUAGUUAGUAACAGUCACAAAAUUCACCUUAUUACUAACUAAUCACUAGAUACGGAAUGUACAAAAAAUCAAUAACCUUUAUUGCUAUUUAGGUUAUCAGGUUAGUUAACUCAUUUAUCCACUAAAAGCUUAUUUCACCAAUCAAAAACAACAACAGAAUAGUCAAAUAAAAAAAUAUGAAAUUUUUGCAUAGAAUUAAAGACUAAUUGUUUGCUUUCAGUUGAUUUGCAUUUAUGUAACAUGAUGUAGUAAAUACCUAAUCGGAAUCACUUAUCUAUAAGCCGUAUAUAUAUCCUAUUACAUUAAAGCGCUCACAGUUGUUUUGAAUGUAACGUGUGUUGGCGAACCAGUGAAAAUUAUAGGUCGAUCGAUGGAUGUUUAUUUUGUCCACAUGAUAGAAUUAAAGUUUUUAAAUUAUUACAAUGAGUACUAUACUAUAAAAUCACUGAGCUGGAAUCUGGUGGUUGUCAUUUUUAAUAGUUUUUCAAUUGUCAGUUUGAAAUAAGCAUCCAUUUUCCGACUAUACAGUAGCAUAUUAUUCCAGGUUAACUCGAUGCCUAAAUAAAUUCGAUACAGAAAAAAAGUCCUACGAAAAAUUCUAUUAGGUAAUGCAGUUGCAUAAUUAUGGACUAUUUUCCAGGUAGGAAGUUUCUAAAACUCAUUUUUCUUAGUGCUUUAUAAUGAAUUAGAUAUCGAUCGCUUAAGAAGAGCCUAUCACAUUUUUAGGAAAUCGUCAUUGAUAAACAGUUUAAUAUCAAUUCACCAUUUUAAUUUGGUGAACAUGAUACAAUAAAAAACAUUUUAUCUUGGGAUCAGACAUAUAAGCAGUUAUAAGUUCAAAGAUAAAGUUAACAAAAUUUAAAUCGUAAAAAUAAAUAAUCAUUUGUAUUACACAACAGAGAGAAAUUAAGGAAAAUUAGCUACCUUGUAACUUGACUGAAUAUUUGUUACUUUAUAUCCCAUAAUGUAAUGAGUUAAGGUUUUAUAUGUGAAUGACAGUUAUGAUUCGCUGAAACGAUCAACCGAAGAAUGUUAGACUGCCACUAUUCAUCGGGAAGCAUUGAACAGCCAUUCGGUCCCUGGCUCUGGUGCAGUAAGUAUCCAUGAUUUUUCAGGUGGAAAUCAAACCCAAGACUUUUUGUUUUGCGUGCGAUCGCUUAAGAUCUAAACCAUUUAACCGGCAUCUAACUGUAAUGAUGUCUACCCCCAAUCAAUCCACUACAUUGAGCCACCCAGCGCUUCCAAUUGUUCAGUGGUGAUCCAACAUUGAUCAGUUCACGAUUUUAGUAAAGCUCAGAAAUCUUCAAAAACCUAUACAGAUAGUUUUGGUUCAAUCGGUUAUAGGUUCUACCUCCUUAAUCCAGUCCUAGUUGAACUUUGUGACUACAGUAGUUUAACACUUAUCUUAUUCAUAGAAGUCACGUUACCGCACCACUGCCAGUCGGUUAUAAAUAACAUAGAAUCUGUCGCAUAUAUCCAUAGAUUGAAGUUAUCAUAUCACUUGGAGAUAGAAUUAUCAAGAUAAAUCCUAGAAAAGUCUCAUUGUCAGUAGUAGUAGAAAAAAGUAGUAGAUUAUUUUGUGGUGUUGGUUUCGUGGUGGAAAAUAACCUCAUAAACAAUGUCUUUUCAUCGAAAAUUCAGGCUUAAAUAAUGCGAGAUACUUAUCUCAGAACAGCAAGUGUUGAUAAUAGUCUAGAUCUUCAAAUAAUUCGUAUUUUGAUAAUUCAACGCUGAAAUUAAAUUGUGCAGAAAGUGUUACAAAAUAUUCAAAGCAAUUAUUCUUGAUGUUCCGAUCAUCAAGUAAGCACUGAUUUUACAUUCACUUUGAAACUCUAAUAAUUUUUCCCAUUGCUAAAAAUAAUUAAAAUAUUGAUUGGUUGAAGUUAAACAUUAAC